AUGGUUACUACACGUAGGCGCUCAUUAGUUGUGCAGGUCUCGCCCAAGUCGACCGGCAAAGGGACUGGUCCUAAAGAGCGGUCUGCCAACGAGGACACCAAUAUGAGUCCGGAAGCAUCGCCGAGCUCUACUGCCGUAGUUGGUACAGAUCAGAAGGAGGUGCGACGAAAACGAGGGCCACCCAUACGGGACAAGGUUGGGGAAACUGCGGAAAAGAAGGUGUCGGGUAGGCGUAGUUUACCUGCGAUGAAGGCCCCUGCCAAAGAGAAGAAACUGCGACUAGAGGAGCAAGCGACUGUUAUUCGCAGAAAGCGAGUGAAGAAUGUGGACACCGAAGGUCCAAUAGAUGCAGCUAAAAGAACCAGUGAGUCUGUGCAAAGCGACGAAAAGGAUGUAGAGCAGAAUUUGCCUAACAAGGAAAGUGAGCCUCAGUGCGAGAAUGAAACCGAUGGCUCUUCCGUACCACUCAAGAAGAAGAAGAGAGCUAAAUCGGAAAAAGCUCUGUCUGGAUCGAAUGAUAAAGGUACCAUUAAUGCUUAUACGGUUCAUCUUUAG